CCAAGGUUCUGAAAGUCGGGCGCGCUCCCUCUUCAGUCUCGCCUACUGGCGAUUAAUGCAAACCUCAACUGCAAAAUCCUCUAAUGACUGCCUUCAUUCAGAAGUGCUUUGCUUCUCCCCCACCCCUUUUUUUUUGUGCAGAAUCUUUCGUCUUAGUCAUAGUGGAUUUUUGUUUUACAAUGCAACCGCUGGAUGUACGCUCGCAUAUAUGCGCAACAAGACUGAGAGCCGCUGACCAACCUGCAUCAUUUGGAUAUACUGACUAUACUCUGGAUUCUCAAGGAACGCUAUACGGAGGAUUUUAAGCAGUUUUCUCUUUCCUUUUUUGUAGCUUUGCGCGUCCGUGCCGCAUGCUGCUGCACGUGAACUGCGAUAUUGUCUCAGAAAGGUGAGUCGGAUAAGGGUAAUGAUGACACAGACCUACUUUUUCGUGAAUGUCACCGUCUUUGCAUCUGCAAAGAGCGAAGAAGAAAAGGCUGAUCACUACUUGCUUUUGAACCCAUAAUCCACGAGGGAGGAGGGGAACAACAGUGUUACGAGGAGCCUUGUGAAUCUAAUGCGUGGAUGAGAGUGAAGUUUCCAAUGGGCAAGGCGACUAUCUGAGGUCUGUUCCAGCAAUCCGUGCUCUGGAUGUUUUUGGCUUCACACAAAGAGGAUAUCAAGAUUUUUUUUAAAUAACAAUAACCACGAGCAUUUCUUUCGGAUACACGAUGACAGCAGUGAUAUCGAUGAUAGCAAUGAUAAAGACCUGGUCGGAUCCGGAGAGAAUACCCGGAGCUUAGAGAUGACAUCCACGCAGUCGUGUUGAAUGUGGAUGUUAACGCCGCGGGGAAGGAUGGGCCCUCUCCUCUGGACCGCCUCCGUCCUCCUCCUGUUUCUCCUCCUGGCCCUGAGCGUCGCGUCUCCGGCCACCGUUGGCAACCCCGAGGAUUACGUCGCCGACGAGGCAGAGCGGACCGCCGCGGAUAACAUAGUCUUUGACGACUACAGGGGGAAGGGGUGCGUGGAUGACAGCGGGUUCGUGUACAAGCUGGGAGAGCGUUUCUAUCCGGGACACUCAAACUGCCCGUGCGUGUGCACGGAGGACGGGCCCGUGUGCGACCAGCCCGAGUGCCCGAAACUGCACCCCAAGUGCACGAAAGUAGAGCACAAUGGAUGCUGCCCCGAGUGCAAGGAGGUUAAAAACUUUUGCGAGUACCGAGGGAAAACGUAUAAAAUCCUGGAGGAAUUCAAGCCGUCGCCCUGUGAAUGGUGCCGCUGUGAACCAAAUAACGAGGUACACUGUGUGGUGUCCGACUGCGCUGUUCCAGAGUGUGUCAACCCUGUUUAUGAGCCGGAGCAGUGCUGUCCCAUCUGUAAACAUGGUCCAAAUUGCUUUGCCGGAACGACGAUCAUCCCAGCCGGAAAGGAUGUAAAGGUGGACGACUGCACCAUCUGCCGCUGCCACAACGGAGACUGGUGGAAGCCGGCGCAGUGCUUGCGGCGGGAAUGUCUCAACGGCCAGUCUUCAUAAAGAGAGACUCCACUGCGGAUGGUGAAUAAACUCAGGCGAAGCUCUGCCUACUGCGCCAUUUUAUAUGAUUGGCAGGGCAUGAGCACAAUUCCUACAAAAAAACAACAACAAAACAUCAAAAAAACAAAGAGUAAAAAGAAAACAAGAGACAGUGUAGAAUUAAAGAGACGUUCUCACGGACUUCACACAAGUACAACAUUUUUGCCAGUGAGAAGAUAAUGGGACUUGUCUCACGGCUGUUCCAGCCCUGCAGUUUUACUCGGCCUAUAUAUUUUCAAAAGUUAUCUCUGCUGCUUUCUCUCAGAAACUUUCUAAGCUUCUUGAACUCUUUCCUAUCCACCGGCAAUGUUGAACUGCUCAUGUCAAUUUUCUGUAUGUAUGUCUUCAGCUUGUUGUUACUAUGUGUUCUUCACGGCCACGCUGGUGUUGUAAAGUUUGAACAGCAAGAAAAAAAAAAAAAAAGAAAAAAAAUUGAAAGCACACUUUACUGAGCUUUUUUAUGUUCUCCUGGUUAUACUAGGAUUACCACUGCAGAUAAACUUGAGCUCCCCAACUUCCCUCCGAGAGCUUGUUUACAAAAGGCACAUUAACGUUUGUCUUCAUAAGACUUUUUAAAAUCAAUGUGGCUGUUGCUCAUCUAUACCCUGCCAUUGUGAUAUUUCAUAAACCACAAAAAUCCUAAGAUUUUUUGCUUUAUAAGUAUCCCGUUACUUUGUGCCAUGUCUCUGUGUAAGAGCAGCACAAACUGAGGAGGUUAGCAUUACCAUGUGUAGCUGAGGCGCAAGCAAGAUGGCAGCCACUGCAAACCUUUUGAUGAGCAGAAAGCUAGUCUUUCCUGACCAACUGGUUUCUUUGUUUGUUUUUCUUUUCUCCGAGAUGAAGAUCUGUCAACUAACUAGCUGCUUGAACUUGUUAUCAAAGCACUUAGUGAGCCAAGAGCAACCUGCUUUAAUUUUCCUUAAUCAGGAGUAUUCUGUAAUAAAUCAUCCAGCUGGGUGCUUGGCAAAGCCUGCUUGCUGGGCACAUUUAACAUGAACCGGCACACAAAGGGGGGGAAUCUGCACAUGGUGAAGCGCUUUUUAGGCAGCAUUCACAAGUGUGAUGUCCAUGUGACGAUACAGCCGUGUCAUUCAUCCACUAUCUCAAGACAGUUUGUUGCUCUGAACUCACUGAGGCGCAUAAACCACAUGCAUAAGGCGCGCUAAGAUACAGAGCUCUAAAAUGUAACACUGAUUAUGUCACACAUUUUCACUCUGUUCUCUCUUAAAUGCAUCAGAAUGUCUCAGCCAGUGUAGAGCAGCUAUGUGGCCAUCGCACUGAUAAACAGCAAGGCGGAUAUAUUGAAGCACCAUAAACAUAAAAUCUUUCACUUGAUAAAUACUACUCAUUAAUCCAAAGGUGAUUUUCCAUAUGCUCCCGCCAUUCAUCACAAGGAUUUUUUUCCCCGCGUUUCAAGAAAAUCUGUUUCCGUUAACCUUUUAAACCCCAUUCCUGUGCAGUGAUGGAUGUGUUGCUUAAUAGCAGCUUCUAGCCCUCUGUAAUGAGACAGCAAUGAACAGAGGAUUAAAGACCUGUGACUAAAGAGGUAUGUCACCUUAAAAGGCAUUAAAACUAAUUUUGGAAGGAUCCCAAAGUAUGGAUAUCUGCUGCAUGUCUUGAAAAGUAAAUUGGUUAAAGUUCAGUUUUGAAGAGGCUGUUUGGAAUCUUUGAAAUUUAUGUUUCAAGGUUUCAAGCAGUUAAUGUCUUACCAACAGCAAAUAAAUAUCUUUGCAUCGUCAUUUAGUGUAAACCCAUAUUAUUCGGUCACAGACCCAAGAUCAAAUUAGAUCACCUUUGUAUAGCAAUUGUCAAAAAAACAGAUUAAAGUUUAUGUAAAUGUUAUUUUAUUUUAUGAAGCUUUUAAUUGUUAUCAUCACUCUUGCAUUAUAUGGCUAUUUUCACAAAAGCCAAUGAGUAUUUAUACAGGAAAUGAAGGAAAGAGAUUUGGUACCACCAAUAAUGUUCCCACAUGAAAUGUAAUUAAAAAAAAAAAGUAUUUCUGGUCUGCGUAAUUACCUAAUAGUAAAGUAAGUCCUGUAAAAUGAAUGUAAAAAUGUUCACUUAAAUUUAUGUUUUUGAUUUUUACUGUAGUUCUUAAUAUUUUACAAAAUAUCACUUACACAAAUUAUUAUAAUGGCGAAGUUGCUUUAGUGUUGUUUGUCAUGUACUAGCCAUUAUCUUGAGCCUUUGUGAGCCAAUCUGGGUUUACACUAAGUGAAGUUAAUAGGUAAGCUUUCUGCUCAUAACCCAGUAAAAUAACCCUAUUUCAAAAAUCCGGGGUGCCAACUUAAAUCGAGAAGAGAUUUUAGGUAAGAUUCUUUGAAGAGAUCAUCAAACUUCCACUGUAGUAAUCCAACAAGAUAUUGCAAUAAUUUUGCUGUAAAAUUAUAAUUCCUCAGUAAUACACACAUAGUGUCUUCACUUACUGUGAAACAAUAAAAUGACAUAUUAUGAAGACAAAUAGAGGAACAUUAAAGUUUAAUUAGGUGGAGUCAAUAAUAUUACUUUUAAAAAAUGGGGAAUGGAAUGUAUAUAUAUAAUCCUUGAGUUACUUAACCCACUCCCACAGCAUGAGAACCAACCUGGCUUUAAAAAUACAGCACAAGAUGCCAUAUGCCAUUAUUUGCACCUCUUAAUACUUGUUCUUGAGGUAAUUAAGUCCUCUGUGAAAUAAAAUUCCUCACAACUGCACCACAGGGGAUUAAUAUAGUUAUCUAAUCCCAUCAACUCAAGUUGCACUUAAUUUUUGAUUUUGAGGCAUCGGUUCAGUUGGUCUAUGCAUUUUCCAAUUAUCCUUUGUUCACAGAUGCAGACAUCCCAGGGAAAAUAGCUGGUGAAUAUGCUGUUUCUCUAAAUUUCCAAGUCUGUUGGAGCUUAAGGCAUUGAAUUGUUACAUGUUAACUUGCUAAUACAAAGCCUUCACUGAUAUCUACAGUCAGUGUAUGACAGUCAUACUGUCAUGCAUUCUUAACAUUUUAAUCAAAAUGCAGUAAAUCAUAUCAAUUUGAAAAUGUGGGAAAAAGGCUAAAAUGCCGUCAUUUUAUACAACUGCAUCAAAAAUGGCUACGAAAACUUGAAAACUCUUAUGAAACAGUAUAUAUCCACUAGUGCUUAGGAUACUAGCAUUGCAUCCUAAGUACAAAGUAUUUAAACUUUUCCAUUUUAGGAAUCAGCUAAAAUUGCAGACUGACUUUUUCUACAAACUUUCACAGCAAUCUGUGUGACUUCAGAUAACAAUACUAACACAUAACUUCACACAUAUUUACUUUUAUAAAAAUGCCAUGCUAUCUAAGAGCAACAACAGAGUUUGAAUCAUUUUCAUCUUUUAGCUGCUUUGAUUUAUCAUCUUUCGUUGUGCACAGACAGAGCUCAUCUAUCUGGUGAGAGGUCUGCAGGCUCAUAAAGCAACACUGACAUAAAUGGUUUAUCAGCUGCACCCUCUGUGCUCCAGACAUUUCAGAAUUAUGAAAGGAAAUUCAUUCAUCAUAAUUACUUUAAAUGCCAUCUAAUUAUUCAGCUUUUAUAUGUAGGGAGAAAAAAAAAUGUUAGAAUUACUGGUCAAAGGUGAGACUGACUGAACAGAAAGAAAGAGAGUUCAAACUGACAGCACCACAUACUGUAUGGACGGGACUCAAAGGCUACGUUGCCACCACAGAUGCCUUCUUGCUACUAUUCCAGAUAAGAUUCACAAAGUGUGGCUUUUGGCAAUUACACAGACUGAACAGCUCUGGACUUUUCUAAGUGCUGGCUUGUAUCGUUCCUCCUUGCUGUGAUUUACUGUGAUAUUUUACCCCCCAAACUAUUCAUUGUUUUAUCCUCCAACAGCCAGUGGGUUCAACACGAGUACAAGGACAAGAGCAGUUCAUUCACAGUCGAAACUCAAGAGGCUGGAUCUAAAAAUACACAAGCAUUUGAUAAAGGUAAAAAAAAUAAAUAAAAAAAAGAGAGAGAAAGGAAAAGAAAAAGAGAGAGAAUAUGCAAAAGUGGUGGAUAUGAUUUGCACACGAAAGCUACUUGAUCCUUAUUGCAAUGUGACAUUGUAGCUCACUGUAGUGCUUGCUCUCACAAAUGCAUUUCCAACGCCUCUGAAGCGCACAGCUUUUAGCAAACUAAAUUGGAUGAACAAUGGUUUCUCAUUUUCUUGAUAUGGUGAGCUGCUCUCAUUGCCUGAGCUGGAAAGUAGAAUGAUAGAAGGUGAAGUGGUUGUCAACAGAAAGUAAAACAGCCUAGACUUUAGAUCAAGUGUUGCUGCAAAUGUUGGAGCACAGUUGUUAUUCAGGUUUCUCUCAGAGAGCAAAUCAAUCAGGAAACUGUACAUUUAUAGCUGGAUUUAUGCUUCAUUGCCGUAGAUUGGAUGCAGAAAUGCAACAGCGCCACAUUGCUGCAUUUGUUUUUUGUUUUUGUUGAUUUGAAUUUUAAGUAAAGUCACUUGUUAAUCACUAGAUUAGCUCAGUGGCUUUUUUUUACAAAUUACAUGGUUAAGCAUACAGCCGCAGGCUUUAGUAAAACAAAACACACUACCUUUCAAAAAAGCAGCACAUAUCUGCUGUUCUCCUAACCUUCCAUUACUAUUCUCCUUGAAAAUACGUGGAAGGACAGAUCGGCUGCUCUGUCUGUUUUUGUGGACUUUCUUGCAAGGCAGUUGAGUCUUUUUGUAUGUUUGCAAAUGUUUUGUUCAAACAGUUCCAUCUGUCCUGUCUUCACACUGCAGGCUUGUACAUCGGCAUUUUGUACAGGUUCCCCCUUUCUGCUUUUUCCACGAGACACCGACUUACUGUAGCUGGAAACUAUCAACGAUUGUGUUUUUUCCCCUUAUUAUUUCAUUCUGCAACAAAACUGUUAAAUGAAGUGUGCCUGAAAACCAACACAGAUCUGGUAAAGAAAGAUUAAAACACUGUUACUAUACAAUCAAUUGUAUUAUUCUUUGGGUGGGGGGCAAGCACUAAGGAUUUGUUGAUAGUGGACUCAGAUCAUAGGAACAUUUUAACUCAUGAGCAUAUCUGAUUGUAUUUGAAUACAUGCUCACACAAGUUCAACUGAAAUUGAAAAACAGAGUCCAAAUUUCAAAGCAAUCCUUGGUGCUCCACAAGUUGUUUAUAUGUAAAUAUCUUCAAAAGUAAAAUGUGUAUUCUGAAAUCUCAGCUGGAGUAAAAGAAAAUGUCAUCAGAAAUUACAAAAUAUGUAUUAUUCAUUUAGACAACAAAAUAUUUUGUUAAAUAGACAUAAA